AUGAGGCUCCGACCUUACUUCCAGAGUCACCGAGUUAUUGUGCGAACGAAUCAGCCCAUCAGACAAGUCCUCCACAAGCCGGACCUCGCUGGCAGAAUGAUAAAUUGGGCAGUCGAACUCUCUGAGUUCGACAUUGCGUAUGAGCCCAGGAAGGCGAUAAAGUCUCAAGCGCUAGCCGACUUCAUCUUGGAGCUAACCCCAUCCAAUGAAAAGGGAAAAGGGAACGAAGAUCUCUGGACAAUACAUGUAGAUGGAUCGUCCAACUCCAAGGGGAGCGGAGCCGGGGUGAUCAUUGAGACCCCGGAAGGAGUGUCCAUUGAGCAUUCACUUCACCUGGCCUUCCCGACUUCUAAUAACCAAGCUGAAUACGAGGCAUUUAUUGCUGGGAUCGUGCAAGCAAAAGAGCAUAGGGCCAGAAAAAUAAAAAUUAUGAGUGAUUCGCAGCUAGUUACCUCACAAGUUGAGGGAAAAUAUCAAGCCAAGGGUCCUCUUAUGAUGAAGUACCUCCACCAGGUUAAGGAGCUGCUAGCCGAGUUUGACGAGGUGAUAAUCCAAUACAUACCUCGGAACGAGAAUAACAGGGCCAACAUCUUAUCCAAACUUGCCAGCUCAAAAGGCCCAGGAAAUCAUCGCACUGUGAUACAACAGAGCAUCUUGGAGUCGACGUGUGUGAUGGUGAUAACCGAGACUGAGGAUUGGAGAAGGCCCAUAGUAGCCUACUUGGAAAAAGGAAUCCUGCCAGACGAAACGCAAGAGGCCAGAAAACUCGUGAGGAAUUCGGACUGUUUCACCAUAACAGAGGGGCAACUCUACAAGAAGGGUUUCUACACACCCAUGCUGAAGUGCCUAGGUAAGAAUGAGGUUGAAUACGUGCUGCCCGAGAUUCAUGAGGGCAUAAACGGGCAUCACAUGGGAGGAAAAGCCUUGGCCAGAAAGGCACUGAAGGCAGGAUACUAUUGGCCAACUAUGGAGGCGGACGCGAAGGAGCAUGUCAAAAAGUGCGAACAAUGUCAAAAGCAUGCGCAGAUCCUUCGUGCACCCCCAGAAGAGCUGCAAACUAUCACGGCUCCAUGA